GUACUACGCGGUAACCAUAGCAACGGUAGUACGCCGGCAACAUAAAAGGGGCAAAGAGGGAGAGAAACGUUAAUUUCAGACGGUUUUCAACAGAGAUUUGAUGCGAAAAACAACUUAAAUUGAAGUUAAGUUUCUGUUUGGGUUAGCUCGUUGUUAUUAGUUGACUUGGACCUAAACUUGGACCUAUUUAUGAUGUUUUAAACUAACUUGUGUUAAUGAUCUAAAAGUGACAUAUCGGUGUUUUAACGUUAGCCAAACCAACUGAAGUCAAAAUGCGUCGUGAAGCGAAAUUUAAACGAACCGACCAUGUUUAACAGCUAAACCUGCGGCUAAAGUAAGAAUUUAAAGCCAGAAGUUCAUCGAAAUUUGCAAAUGGAUUCAGGCAAAGUUGUGCACAGAAGAAAACUGGACAUUCCUGCAAUCAGAUCGAGAGCACCAGACAAGAACCAGCAUAUUCAGAUCAGUGCUAAAGGUCUUGAGCUCAGUAAGGUGAUUCGUCUUCUUGAAGAUCCUUUGACAACGAACUUGAAGGAGAGGCACCUUUUUGUACUGAAGAAACUACUGAAGAGAAGCCAAAAUGGUUUUCUGUUGAGGGAGCUGAAAGGCGUCGCCAGAAUCUUGAACAUCUGUGCUGAGAAAGUGAAGGAUCAUCUUGAAUAUGUGCCCGUUUUGUGUGAGGCACUUAAAAUUUGUGGGCUUCCCUUCCUGAAGGAGAAGGCAUCUGAUGAGCUGAACUACGCUCAGGACGUCACAGAGUUCCUCUGUCACAUGGGGCGUCUGAUGAGGGUGUCAGAUGCUGAAGUGAGGCAGCAGUUAGUUGAAUCUGUGAAAUCGUUCUACAGCUGUGUGGCUCCUAAACAGCUGCUCGAUGGUACGGACCGUCCCGCCAAGACAAAACCUUGGACUUUCCACUCUAGACUUUCACUAAGGCUCCAGCCAACCUCUCCAGGCUACAGGCUGCAGCUGCUGGAGCGCAGUGACCUGGCUAAGACGCUGCUCCUCUCCAUGGCCGCUCUGGAGAACCAGCCCGCCAUCAAGCUGCAGCUCCUGCAGACACUUAAGAUCCUCUCCAGCUCCUCUGAUAUGAACUGUGCUUUAAUGCUGAGUGCACAGGGAGCAGAGACCAUCUGUCUCCACAUGAACGAACAUGACCCGUCCGGUGAGGUCCUGUUCCACUCCUCCGAAAUCCUCUGGAACCUGCUGGAGAGAGGCGGCAAGGACGAGGUCACCGCUCAGCUCAGCAGCAUCGAGUGUGUCGUCUCUCUGAAAGAAGCGUUUUUUCACCAGCUGCUGAACGGUUUCCGACAUUCUGACUUCCAACUCAGAAAUGAUCUGCUUGUGAUCACUACUCUCAUCGCUGAAAAUCCCAACUCUCUGCUCAUUGAGAGCUUAUUUGCCAAACAGCUCAUGGGUUUUAUCACAUUUCCGGAGUUGAAAAGUCACAACCCUUUGGUCCGUGACCUCAAGCUCACCUACAAUAACGAAGACUUGAAGAUGAAGAAGUUGCUUUUGAAUCUGUUGGUUUUAAUGUCAAAGGACAUUGCUGCUCUUCAGCUUUAUAAAGAGGAACAAGUCAUGCUGGCUCUGCUGACACUCAUUAAGCCGCCGGCUGCCUCUCCGGAGCGCAGGCCAGGUUUGCGUCACUGGUCCUCCAGCCAGCAGGAGGAGCUGCAGCUGCAGGCACUGGCUGUCCUCGCCACCGUUGCUCCUCUCAUGGUGGACGAAUACGUGUUGUGUCAGGGAAACGCGUGUUUGCUGCUCCUGCUGGACUGGUGCGUCGGGCAAGAUGCUUACUUUGGUCAGGGUCACAGCUUCCAUGGCACCGGAGGGAGAGGCAGUAAGAAGGCUCACAUGCGGCACUGCGUCAGAGUGUUGAGAUCUAUGACGUCUCUGGGUGAUGAGUCAGUCAACCAGGAUCUGUGUGAUCAAGGAACCAUCAACCAGCUUCUGGGGAUUUUGAUGCAGAUGGAAGCGAGUCCUGACGAGGAGGAUGCCAUCAGCCUGGAGAUGAAGUCUGAUAUUCAGCUGAUCCUUUCAGCGCUGUGUGAGACCAACAUGCACAGAAAGGAGCUGUUUGGAUCAGAGGGAGUUGAGAUGGCAGUUCACUUCCUGAAGAAAGGCUCCGACAAGUUUUACAGCGGUCUGGGACACAACAAGCUCGUCCUCUCCACUGUGGACUGUGUGUGGUCCUGUAUUGUCGGCUGCUACACCACAGAAGAUUACUUUCUGGCUAAAGAUGGGGCGUUUCUUCUGCUUGAAUUACUCAGUUCGAGCCCCAGAUGUGUGCACGGCAUCGUCCUCGCCACCCUGCUGGAAUUAUGCGACAACACAAACACUCUGUCUCACAUCCUGACCUGGAGGGACGACGGCGGUCAGACAGCUCCGAGACUCCUGCUGCAACUGUGGAGGGAGGAGGAGGCAGAGCUGGGCGUCAGUCGGAGCCAAAACGGAGAGAUUGCAGAUCCCAAAAAGCCCACCCUCAGUCCUCACCAGCAGGAAGACAUCCAGCUGUCAUUUCCUGCUAGCACGGCGAGUGCAGCAGUGCUGGAGAUGACGGAGAACCUGCGGUCAAAGAUUUACUCCAUCUUCUGCAAACUUGGUUUUCAGGACCUUCCUGGAUUGAAGAUAAAAGAUUAUGUGACCUUGAGCAUCGUCAAAAGAUAUCUGGACUUCAAGGUCGGGGAGGUGUUGGACGAGAUCAGCGGGGAACUGAGCGUGGACGGCGUGAGGCCGGUCACCCCUGACGAGGAGGCUCUGAGCAGCAUGUGUAAGAUUGCAGAGGACACGGCGAGGAAGGUCGCAGCGGAGCAAAGCAGCAUCCUGGAGCAACUAGAGAAGGAGGACGUCAGCGAGGAGAAGCUCAUGUACACAGAGAUAAAGUCUCACUGGAAGCAAAAGGAGCUUAUGGCCAAGUCAUGGGACCAUUAUGUUUCCAAGACCUCAAACUAUGAGAUCCUGAAGGAAGUAAAAGCACAGAGGGAGAAAUAUAUUGAGUCGUCCAGAAAAAAACCAAAGCAUAAAGACGCUGCACUUCAUCCUGCAGAGCAUUUCAUCGGGAAGGUGUUGGCUGUGGAGAGGACGGAAGCUGAGGGGCCUGCAGGAGUGAAGCUGACGCUGGCCAGAGCUCCCAUCAAGGCAGCAGCUGAGGAAGAAGAGCAGCCCACAACACGAGCCCCCGAAUACUUCAGCACUGUGUCUGUAAAACACUGACGUCAGGAACUAUACUGACUUAAUGCAGUCCCUUUAUAUAAUUACUGCUCCUUUAUAGUUUAUAGUUUUUUUAAUGAACAUCCAUAACAGACCAAACUUUAUACUGGAUUUACAUGUUUAUUAUGAAUCGUUGUUUAUUUCUUGUAGACAAUAUAUGUCCAGUGUCUAUAGAUACUGAAGUGACUGUGGCAGCAAAUGCAGACAUGAGGUCACUACAUGCGCACAAUCAGCACCUUGUAGUCUGGUACACCCCAUACACCCCACACACACACACACACUCACACACACACAUACAGCUGCAGUAAACUAGUUGCCUUAACAUGUCUUAUUUGAGUGUCUGAUGCACAGAACAACUGUUAAAAUUUUAUGUAAAGUAAACAAAUGAAAUAGCAGAAGAGUAACAUGGAAGUUUUUUUCAGAUGGGAUUUUAGUUAACAAGAAAAGUUUGUAUAUAAAUAAUUGUAUUUGUAAUCAAAAACACACUGCUGCUUCACCUUUAUAUUCCACAAUAUUCUGAUUAAACAUAUAAUCACAGCGUUGUUUCUAUCCAUUAA